AUGCCUCAAGUUAGGAAUCCAAUUCUUCCCGGGUUCAACCCGGAUCCUUCGAUAUUGAGAGUCGGAGAUGAUUACUACAUCGCGACAUCAACCUUUGAAUGGUUUCCCGGCGUCCAAAUUCAUCACUCCAAAGACCUGGCAAACUGGGAGCUCGUCACAAGACCAUUGAGUCGCAAGAGUCAGCUUGACAUGCGCGGUGACCCAGAUAGCUGUGGUGUCUGGGCCCCCUGCCUCUCCCACGACGGCGAAAAGUUCUGGCUCGUCUUCACCGAUGUCAAGCGUAAAGACGGAUCCUUCAAGGACACCCACAACUACAUUGUCAGCGCGCCAGCCAUUGAAGGGCCUUGGUCCGACCCGUUCUACAUCAACUCGUCGGGCUUCGACCCAUCGCUCUUCCACGAUGACGACGGCCGCAAGUGGUUCGUCAAUAUGAUGUGGGACCAUCGCCGCCGCUUCCACGCCUUCACGGGCAUCGUUCUCCAGGAGUUCGACCCGAAAGCCGGAAAGCUCGUCGGCCCAAAGAAGAACAUUUUCCGCGGCACCGAGCUGGCUCUCGUAGAGGGCCCGCAUCUAUAUAAACGCAACGGAUGGUAUUACCUCCUAACCGCCGAGGGUGGCACGGCGUACGAGCACGCCUGCACCCUCGCUCGUUCCCGCGAUCUCUGGGGUCCGUAUGAGCUACACCCGCAAAAGUACGUCAUAACGUCCAAAGAUGCGCCCGACGCGGCGCUCCAGCGCGCUGGCCACGGUGAUAUUGUAGACACGCCCGACGGAAAGACCUACAUGGUUCACCUGACGGGUCGUCCCACGACGGAGAAGAGGCGGUGCGUUCUUGGACGCGAAACCGCGAUCCAGGAGGCGUACUGGGGUGACGAUGACUGGCUCUACGUCAAGAACGGCCCCGUACCAUCUCUGUACGUGGAGGUACCUGGUACCAGAGAUGAUACUUCGUACUGGGCGGAGAAGAAAUACUCCUUUGAGAACGGCCUGCCCAAAGACUUCCAGUGGCUGCGGACGCCGGAACCCGAGCGCAUCUUCUCAACCGAGGACGGGAAGCUCACGCUCAUCGGGAGGGAGUCGAUCGGAUCUUGGUUCGAGCAGGCACUGGUCGCUCGCAGGCAGACACACUUCUCCUACGACGCUGAGACCACCGUCGACUUUGCGCCCACCGAUGAGCGCGAGUUCGCAGGGUUGACGGCGUACUACUGCCGCUACAACUUCUUUUACCUGACCAUCACUGCGCACGAGGACGGGAAGCGCGAGCUGUUGAUUCAGAGCUCUGAGGCUUCGUGGCCCGAUAGCGACCUCACGAUGCCGUUUCCCGAGGCGGUUGCGCUGCCUGAUACGGGCAAGGUCAAGCUUGCGUUAACGAUUCGCGGGCCGAAGCUUCAGUUCUACUAUGCUCUCGAGGGCGAGGAACUCAAGGCUAUUGGGCCGGUAUACGAUGCUUCCAUCAUCUCGGAUGAAUGUGGUGGGCACCAGGCGCAUGGAAGCUUUACCGGUGCAUUUGUUGGUGUUGCUGCGUCCGAUUUGAAUGGGACCGCGAGACGGGCGGCUUUUGAUUAUUUUACGUACCGUCCUAUUCAUGAUGAGACCGACCGUUAUGAUAUUCAAUGA